GAGAUCGGGAUCGCCAUGGGGUCGGGCACAGCCGUGGCCAAAACAGCCUCCGAGAUGGUGCUGGCGGACGACAACUUCUCCACCAUCGUGGCGGCCGUGGAGGAAGGACGUGCCAUCUACAACAACAUGAAGCAGUUCAUCCGAUACCUCAUCUCCUCCAACGUCGGGGAGGUGGUCUGCAUCUUCCUGACGGCCGCCCUUGGGCUCCCUGAGGCUUUGAUCCCGGUGCAGUUGCUUUGGGUCAACCUUGUGACCGAUGGGCUCCCAGCCACGGCUUUAGGAUUCAACCCCCCCGACCUGGAUAUUAUGGACAAACCCCCCCGCAGCCCCAAGGAGCCCCUCAUCAGCGGGUGGCUCUUCUUCCGUUACCUGGCCAUAGGAGGUGAGGAAGGAUAUAGGGUCAGUGGAUGGCUUAUGGGGUCAUUGGAUGCCCUAUGGGGUCAUUGGAUGGCCUAUGGGGUCAUUGAGUUGGCUAUGGGGUCAAUGGAUGACCUAUAGGACCAUUGACUUGAC